CCCGCGGCGCCCCGAGUGCCCUCCUGGGCACCCGGCGCGGCCAUGGCGCGGAGCCUCCGGAGCUGGCUGGGCGGCUGCCUGCUGGUGUCAGCAUUAGGAAUGGUGCCACCUCCUGAAAAUGUCAGAAUGAAUUCAGUUAAUUUCAGGAACAUUCUACAGUGGGAGUCUCCUGCUUUUCCCAAAGGGAAUCUGACUUUCAGAGCUCAAUACCAAAGUUAUAGGAAAUUCCAAGAUAUAUGCACGAGUACUGCCUUGACGGAAUGUGAUUUCUCAAGUAUUUCCAAAUAUGGUGACCAUACCUUGCGAGUCAGGGCUGAAUUUGAGGACGAGCAUUCAGACUGGGUAAACAUCACCUUCUGUCCCGUGGAUGACACCGUUAUUGGACCUCCCGGAUUGCAAGUAGAAGCACUUGCUAAUUCUUUACAUAUGCGUUUCUUAGCCCCCCAAAUUGAGAAUGAACCUGAAACAUGGACCAUGAGGAAUAUUUAUGACUCAUGGACUUAUAAUGUACAAUAUUGGAAAAAUGGCUCUGAUGAAAAGUAUCCGAUUGCUUGUCAAUAUGACUUUGAGGUCCUCAGAAAUCUUCAGCCACGGACAACUUACUGUAUUCAAGUUCAAGGGUUUCUUCCUGAUCGGAACAAAACCGGGGAAUGGAGUGAGGCUGUCUGUGAGGAAACAACCAUUGACGAAACACCCUCCCCCUGGAUUGUCGCCAUUGUCCUCGCAGCCUCAGUUUGUGUGGCCUUCUUGCUUCUCCUUGGCUGCUCCGCCUUGGUGUGGUGCAUUUACAAGAAGACCAAGUACGCCUUCUCCCCAGGGAACGCUCUUCCUCAGCACCUGAAAGAGUUUUUGGGCCACCCUCAUCACAGCAGGCUUCUGUUCUUCUCUUUCCCACCCUCUGAUGAGGAUGAAGUUUUUGACAAACUGAGUAUCAUUACGGAAGUCUCUGGAAGCAGCAAGCCUAAUCCUGGGGACGGCUGCAGCCCCAGGACCCCAUCUGGGCAGGGCUCCUUCGAGCUCGUCUCUGAGGGGGGAACACACUCAGCUGGGCACAGUGACCCCCUACUUCUCACAUCUGCCUCAGACGAUGAUCAGAGCAACAAACAAGGGCCAAGACCACCUAAGCAAACCCCAAAUCUAGAACUCUCAGACGCUGGGACAACAUCUGAACAACCAAAGAGCUAGAUUUUAAAGGCUCACUUGGCAAAAAUACUCCAUCUUGGAACCUGGCUGCUUUAUAAAGACCUUAACGAUUAAAAAAAAUAGUUGGCCCCUGAAAGUGUAAUUUUAGGCCUCUGAUGCUCACUGAUAUAAGGAACAAGUUUUAAUGGUGAGAAAUAAAAUGAGGAAUAAAAACUGAGAUGCUGUAAAAUCCCACCAGACGGCCGAUAGACUGAUCCAAAAAAACAGCAUCAACGCAGAAGCAGUCAGCAAACGCUGUACAGAGCGCAGACGUUUUGGAUUCUCAGGGAGACUUCCACUGGACUUAUUUUUCUACUUGCAUGUGUUUUAUAUAGUGCUGGUGGUCUAUGGUUUUAUUCUCUAUUUAAUCCGUAUGUGUUAAUGAUAUUACAUUUGUGUAAUUGUCAGAUA